UGCAGAAUGAAUUAUACAGAAAAGGAAAAGUGUGUUCUAAUACACUUCAUUGAAAGUGACUUCCGUACAACCAAAUUCCAUUACCUACAUUCCUGUGCUGUACGAAAGAAGUUAGGGCAAACAGAUGAUGAAAGUCAAAAGACCAUGGACGUAGUACAUACUGAAACAUCACUGACUCAAACAGUAAAAACAGAUGAGACUCAGGAACUGCCAUAUGUAAAUGAGGACCAAGAGAAAGAAGCAAUUAAAACGCCAGAUACACACUGCAAAGUUUACACUCCAAAGAGUUUAAAAAUAAAGAGACUGACAAGCCAAGUAUCGUACUUAAAGAAAAAGUAUUGCCACGGCAAGAAUUCUGUAAGAAUAGUAGAUAUACUUAAGAUAAUUCAACCAGUCGUCCAUAUUUUGAUAUUGCUGAUGUGGGCUAAGUUGAAAAUUACACGUCCAGUGUCGUUUGAAUUAUAGCAGUUCCACGUGCGGUGUCGUGCAUUUAAGUCUCCACCUAGGAUAAUGUGUUUUCCAAGACUGAGUAAUAUUUGUAAGUCAGCCAGGACUGCAGAUACAUGACGUCCUGGGGGUAUGUAAGUGGAGACAAGAAUGUAUGUUAUGGAAGUGUUUGUUGUGAGUGAAAGAGCAGAGGCCUCCACGACCGAAAGCUGCGGUAUUGUGACGGGAAAAUGUGGGAUGCAGCGUUUAAUCAGGAGUGCUGUUCCACCCCCUGUUGGGCGGGAAAUAGACAGAGAUCUGUUCAAUCGAUGCACUGUGUAGUUCUGCACAUAAAUAGGUGUGGUUGGGCCAAGUUCUUGUAGGAACAUAACAUCAGGAGUGUACUCAUUUAUAAAAUCUCUUAAUUCAUGAAUUCUAUGAGAUAAUCCAUUUGCGUUCCAUGUAAUAAUAUUCAAUACAUUAUUUACAUUAUUCAUUAUUUACAUUUGAGGCAGAUCCAAAGAUAUCUUCAAACAAUUCAAAUAAUAGAAAUAAUUUGUCGACAGUAUUCUGGGUUGCCUGUAGUUCAGGCAUUUUGUUAGAGAUUUUUCAUAACACAUUAACAAAAGAGAUACCAUUGAACAUGUUUACAAUAUCUUUGAUGAGUUUAGACACUUCAAAUAGGCCAACAUCGUUACUGUUGUUCUGCUUGUUUAUUUUACUCUCAGUUUUUGCUAUUUUUCGCUUUUUUCACUAAUAACUGAUUCAACAGGAAUCUGGGGGGUUUUCCCACUUGCAAUGUUUGCAUAAGACACUCCAGAUUUAACAUAGCUAUCUUUGACAGGUUGGUUGCUAUUAUUAUUAACUAUGAUUUUUUUGCUCUGCAAUCUGGCACCUUGGGGAGCUGGGAAUUUGGAGCAUCCGCUAUAAUUUGUGGGAUGUCCUGUCUGCCCAGUUACAGCAUUUGACAUUUUCAAUGAAUUUACUUACACACUCUUCAGUCUUAUGAGUGCCAGCACACUUAACGCAUCUUGGUUUCAGUUUACAAUUAUCAGAUGAGUGAUGGAAGUGCUGGCAGUUGUGACGCUGCACAACACUCCCAUUCACUCGAUAAGGCUUAAAAUUAACAUAAAAAAUUUAGGGACUUAGUCACAUCAUAGAUUUUUUCAACUUCGGGAGUCUUUUCAAUGUGAAUUUGAAAGAAGGGCAUGGGGACUCUUGUUCGAAUUCGAUGCAUUUGUGCUACCUUUCUUAUUUUGUAGCCCAUCCUCGUUAGUUCUUCAUGAAUAUCCUCCGAAGAGCAGUCAAUAGGCAUGCCUCUUAAUACCACUUUGAGUGGCUUGUCUAAUUUGGAAAGUAUUAUGUAAUGGUUUAUUUUCUUUGCAUCCAGAUAUUUUUUAAUGGCCCGCUGGUCAUCCUCAGUGUCAGGGAAGAUUUUUAAAAAGUCCCCCUGCACCUUGCCUGCAAAUUCACAUUUGACUUCAGUUAAACUUCAUAUCUGGUUUAAUCAUAAUUGGUUUAGGUUUAGCAAUCUUAACACAGACAUUAUCAUUCAUUACAACAUCGUUAUUAUCAUCAUCAGUUUUAUCAUUUACAUCAUUUGUACUAAGCUUUUCAAAUUUAUUGGUUAAAGGCAAUUCUGUGUUACAUUUUAUCAAUUUGCUCGGGCGCGCGAUAUUCUUGGGAAGAAUAAACCCAUCCGCGUCCCAAUCAUCAUUAAUAGAUCUUUUGGCCAGCUUUUUUGAGGGGCGCUUAGGCCUAGGUUUAGUAAUAUCAAUUUGAUUAGCAUUACCAUUUACUAAUUCCUUAAUCUUAUCAGUUUCCUUAACAUUACACAUAUCAUUGGCUACAGAGCAUAUACUAUUUACUAGAAUAUUUCUAUGCACAAGUUUUACAUCAUUAGUAUUUACAUUAACACCAAGGGCAGAAGCAGCACUUUCGCACUUACCUUGUAAACUCUCCCUCAGGGCUGUUCCCACGCAGCGUUGUCUCUCCAAGGUCUCCCGCCAAUCAUAGCAUUUGCCUCAUCGGUCAUAGUACUGAGAAUGUUUUUACACAAGUUGCCAAGCGCAGUCAGAUCUGUAUUAAUUGUUGCAAUAAA